GAGGUUCGUUCUUUGACCUCGCAAAUCGUCAUAUCUGUCCUUUUUCUCAGACGCUAUGUCAGGCGCCUCCCAAAAUACCACGCUGGGUUGAAAUCACCGUAGAAGAGAUUACCUUCAAUGCCAGAGUGUAAUGUUCCUAUCGAGGCCUUCAACAUUGUGCUGCAGUCAACCUCGUCGACCAACUUCCUCUCAUUCGUUCCGCCCGCGAACCUCGAGAACCAUCAGAAGCUACCACUCUAAUUUACUUGAUCAGACCUCGAAACGUAGAAGAGAAACCUCGAGUAAAACUCGAGUAAACCAAUACUUGCUAGCACCCGAGCCUGAAUCUCGUCAACCUCGUCAACCUCGAAAACACCGACCCAAAACAAUGCGAUUCGACGCCUUCAUCCUCCCCAAGACCCUCCUCUUCCUCCUCCUCGCCGCCCUCCCAACCGAAACAACCGCCAAAAAACCCCCCUCCAAAAAUGCCAUCCUCCUCUCCGACAUCAAAUCCCUCACCUUCCGCGGGGGCAACGCCAAGACAACCCACCGCCGCCUCCCCGCCAUCCCCCAGCUCAAAUGCGUCUCCUCCCGCGCCCUCUGCAACCUGCACGCCGUAGACGUCAUGCGCUGCGAGAACCGCGGCGCCGGCUACGACGAAGCCGACAUCCAGUGGUCCUGCUCCGCCUCCCUCCCGCCCGAGCUGCGCCUCGGCUCCACCGACGUCCUGUGCGAAGGCUACGCCGACCCCGACGACCCGUACGUCCUCCGCGGCAGCUGCGGCGUCGAGUACACCCUCGCCCUGACCGAGCUGGGCGAGCGGCGGUAUCCGCAUCUCGCCGGCGGCGGCGGUGGUAGUGGUAGUGGGUGGAAGAACAAAGACAGCAGCAGCAACAACAACCACAACAACAACAACAAAGAGGGAUCGGAUUGGGCCGCUUUCGUCUUCUUCCUCAUCUUCUUCGCCGUGUUGGCGUGGAUUAUAUAUUCCGCCUGUGUGGAAGGGAACCGGAACCGGACCCUCGGCGCCCCUGGUACUAGGCGAGGUUGGGGAGGUGGUGGUGGAGGAGGAGGAGGAGGAGGAGGAGGUCCUGGCUGGCAGCCGUGGAAUGACCCUCCUCCGCCAUACCCUGUGACGAAGAACACACAAAGAGAAGGCUGGCGCCCUGGUUUCUGGACUGGUGCGGCAACCGGAGCUGCCGCCGGCUAUUAUGCUGGAAGGAGGAACAACAACCGCUUUAGUGAUCGUUUAGCGGACCGGUACGACGAUGGGUACAACGAGAGCCGGAGGCCUGGCUGGGGCAGCGGUUUUGGCUUAGGUGGCAGCAGCAGCAGUUCAAGGGGAAGUGGUCCAUCCCGUACGUCUUCGAGCCCCAGCUCCACGUCACGACACGAGAGUACAGGGUUUGGCUCUUCCGUGAGGAGAUGAUCUUGGAUGGUUUGUUUGGCUUUAAAACCAUGGCAAGAUCAAUGGGCCACGUAUUCACUUGCUACUCCGAAACCCCGUGCUCCUCCAUCUCUCAUCUCAAAAAACGAAAGGCUAUGCCCCGCCCUGUCCUGGGCUCGCGACUUUGGGCUGCCUUUGUCGGCGCAAAAUGAACAUUAUGUACAUGCACAUCCCUAAGGGAGGGGGGGGGGGGCGUGCAGACUCC